AUGUCUUCCGAUGGACGGACUGAUGUCGAUGGCAAGUCCCAUACUCGUCACAUUGAGACUGACGGCAACGACAUCCGUCAGGUCCUCGAACACGACGGCAAUGUGGCCAAGGUUGUCCACACGGAUGGCACUGUCGACUUUAUCGAUGCCAAAGCCAUUGGUGGAGAGUACGACGAGAUGCCCAAGGGAUACUUCCGCAGCGCCAGCUUCGUCGGGACCGUGGUGGCUCAAUGUCUCGGCAGCAUCUGUGCGUACUUGGGCUGGGUCCUGCCCGCAAAUACCCUGCUGCUCAUCAAUGCAGAUAUCGGCCCUUCGGUCAACAUCAGCUGGGUGGCCACUCUCUGGACAAUGGGAAGCUCCAUCGGCUUCCUCCUCUUUGGACGUCUCUCCGACAUGUACGGUCGCCGGUGGAUGGUUCUCGGCACCACCGUCCUCGGUCUCGUGGGGUGCAUCAUCGGAUCUUGUGCACAGAACGUCGAGACGUUGAUCGCCGCCAACGUGUGCAACGGCAUCGCAGCCGCCGGCCAGCUCUCCUUCGGCAUCGUUCUCGGCGAGCUCGUGCCCAACAAGAUGAGAGGUCCUAUCGUGACCAUCGUCUUUUUGUCGUCUCUCCCUUUUGCCGUUUUCGGUCCUGUCAUUGCGCGCUCACUCUUCAACAACACGUCCUCCAAGUGGCGAUGGAGCUACUUCAUGGGCGACAUACUCGGCGCCGCUUCCCUCGUGCUCUACUACUUCUUCUACCACCCACCGACGUAUAGCCAGCUUCAUGUUCAGGGCAAGACGAGGUGGCAGAUGACCAAGGACCUCGACUUUGUCGGCAUCUUUCUCUACGUGUCUGGCUGUGUGCUGUUCCUGAUCGGCCUUUCCUGGGGCGGUGUGGCCCAUCCCUGGGCGAGCGCUGCCACGCUUUGCACACUGCUCAUCGGUCUCGCGUUGAUGAUUGGCUGGCAGAGCUCUGUCGUGGGGGGCGGCGUGCUUCUCGGCCAGACAAUCGCCGGGUUCUGCAUCUCCUACGUGCCCAAGGUCAAGUACCAGUGCAUCAUCGCGGCAAGUAUCUCGUUGGCUUUCAUGACUUCCAUGGUUGCCAUCUCUCCCGAUAGAUGGGCCGUGACUAUUGCCACAGGCACAAUCGUCUGCGUUGCGAUUGGAUUCAUCGAGAACAUCUCUUUCCCCGGCGUCACUCUCGUCUGGGAGGCCCAAGAUAUCGGUCUCGCAACCGGCAUCCUGGGCUCGAUCCGCGGCCUCGGCGGCGCCAUCGCACAGGCCCUCUACGGCUCGGUUCUCAACAACGAACUCGGCAAGAAGCUUCCCGAGCUCGUCGUGCCGGCGGCUACGCAAGCGGGUCUCCCAGAGACGUCGCUGACGGCGCUGUUCGCGGCCAUUGCGGCUGGCGACUUCUCGGCUGUGCCAGGCAUCACGAACGAGGUCAUCGCGGCCGUCGGCGCAGCGACAAGGGUGGCGUACACGGAGAGCUUUAAGAUGGUCUUUUACACGACGAUUCCGUUCUCGUUCAUUCUGCUCGUCAGCUCCGUCCUAGUGCCCAACAUGGAGAAGUACCUGACUUCUGAUGUGGCAAAGAAGCUCAACGGCGCGAGGAGCGAGGAGUCGGGCUCGGAGGAGAAGGUAGAGAAGGUGUAA